AUGGCCAGUCAAAUAAUUGUCGUUGGAGGUGGUUUAUCUGGACUUUCGGCCGCUCAUACCGUUCUAGAACAUGGUGGUAAUGUGCUCGUGCUUGACAAAAAUUCUUUCUUUGGCGGUAACUCAACAAAGGCCACCUCUGGAAUAAACGGUGCCUUGACAAGGACACAAAUAGCUCAAGGCAUUAAAGAUUCGGUAGAAACCUUUGCAGCAGACACAACGAAAUCUGCACGUAACCUUGCACGGCCUGACCUAAUCAAAGUCUUGACGGGAAAUUCGGCUUCAGCUGUUGAAUGGCUUCAGGACAAAUUCAAAUUAGAUUUAUCGCUAGUUUCCCGUUUAGGAGGGCAUUCACAUCCACGUACUCAUCGUGGGAAAGAAAUGUUCCCGGGUAUGACAAUCACUUAUGCCCUUAUGGAGCUUUUGGAAGAAUUGUCAAAAAAAGAACCAAAUCGGGUUCGAAUCGUUAUGAAAGCUCGAGCCACUAGACUCAUCAAAGAAAGCGAUGCUGUUGUAGGUGUUGAAUACGAAAAGGACGGUAAAAAAUUCAUAGAAUAUGGACCAGUUAUUCUUGCAACAGGCGGAUACGCAGCAGAUUUCACAGAGAACUCAUUACUCAAGAAAUAUCGUCCAGAUAUUUAUGAUUUGCCAACAACAAACGGCGAUCAUUGUACAGGCGAUGGUCAUAAAAUGAUUCUUGCAAUUGGCGGCAAGGGAAUCGACUUAGAGAAAGUUCAGGUUCACCCAACUGGUUUAGUCGAUCCAAAAGAACCCGAUGCCAAGAUUAAAUUCUUGGCUGCUGAAGCACUUCGUGGUGUUGGUGGGAUUCUUUUGAAUGCAGAAGGAAAACGAUUCUGUGAUGAAUUGGGUCAUCGUGAUUAUGUCACUGGGGAAAUAUGGAAAACUAAAACUCCUGUUCGUCUUGUUCUUAAUAGCAAAGCAUCAAAAGAAAUCGAAUGGCAUUGCAAACAUUAUGUCGGUCGUGGAUUGAUGAGAAAGUUUAACAGUGGAGAUGAACUUGCCAAGGAAAUCGGUAUUUCCCCAGCACAAUUAAAAGCUACAUUUGACGAUUAUAAUGACAUUGCUGAAGGUAGAAAGAAAGAUCCUUAUGGCAAGAAAUUCUUCCAUAAUCCCCCAUUUACAUUAAAAGACACAUUCAAUGUUGCUAUAAUGAGUCCUGUGCUGCAUUAUACUAUGGGUGGUGUCGAGAUUAACGCUGACGCUGAAGUCAAAAGUGUCGAAAAUAACGUUAUCCCGGGACUUUACGCCACUGGUGAAUUGGCUGGUGGUGUACACGGUGCGAAUCGUCUAGGUGGCUCUUCUCUCUUGGGAUGUGUAGUAUACGGACGUGUUGCCGGAGAUACUGCAUCUCGCUAUUUAUUCCAGCAUUUGUCUUCCAUCGAAACCGCGAAUCGUCGUCUUGAUCAAAUUUCACAUCAACUUGGAACAUAUGAUACUAGAAUUUCUGUAGAUCCAAGCUCUCAAAAAGUUAACGUUGAGAUUUCUUGGGCUCAGAAAGGAGCUGCAUCAACUGCUCCUGAACCAACUCGAGCUGCAUCCACACCUGCACCCUCACCUGCACCACCAGUAAAGAAAGAAGAAUCAAAGGAACUCAAAGCUUACACACUUGCUGACGUUUCCAAACAUAAUAAAGACAGUGAUUGCUGGGUAGUUGUUAAUGGACAAGUAUUAGACGUUACCAAAUUUUUGCCUGAUCACCCUGGCGGCAAGAAAGCUAUCCUUCUUUACGCCGGACGUGACGCGAGUGAGGAGUUCAAUAUGCUCCAUAAAAGAGAUGUGGUUGACAAAUACGCUCCGGAGACUAUAAUUGAUCUCAACAACUUGAAUCAUUCAGAUAAAAUGGCAAACAAUUUUGUUCCCCCACGAUUAAUCAGGCAAAACGCCUUUAUAGAUUUCAACAACACUAACAACUUUAAUCGCUUUAUAAACAACUUUAUUAACAAUAAUAUGCCGCUUUCAUCAGUCAGGCAAAAUGGCUUCAUCGUCCUUCCUCCCCCUCAACAAUCAAAUCCAAUAUCAUCAACACUACCACCACCACAAUUAGCACCACUACAAUCAGUAUCACAACAGUCGCCAGCAUCAACGCCACGACGUCAAAUUUCUCGUGUUGCAACACGAUUUUCGCAAAGACUCGCCGCUAGAAACAGACAACUCAAUGAACGGGCAUCCAAAAGAAUCGCUCGCGAAAGGAUCUCUCAAUACUACAAUCGGUAA